AUGUCACAAAUACUCAGUAGCAGGGUGGAUAAAGUGAACGACUUCAUAACCCUAGCGGCGCCUAUGGCAUCAGGUUCGAAUCCCGACUUUGCACCCAUAAAUUCUGGAUCUUUAUAUUUUAAUUACAAGAAAUAUUUUAGCAUAGUCCUUCUCGCUGCUUGUGAUGCCAAAUAUCGUUUCACAUGGGUAGAUAUUGGACAAUAUGGUUCAGUCAGUGAUGGAGGUGUAUGGAAUAAUACAGAUUUUGCCGAAGCUUUAGAAAAAGGAUUGGUCGAUAUACCUCCUCCAAAAAAUUUGCCAAAUACAAAUAUUAUAACGCAUUAUGCUUUUGUUGGUGAUGAAGCGUUCCCUCUAAAAUUAUACAUGUUACGUCCAUAUUCAAAAGACAAUUUGACAAUUUCAUUGUAUUUUUGUGCAAAAUUUUUUGUGCAUAAGAUUCGAAAAGCCACAUGAAAAAGUAAAAAAUGACUAUACAUUUCAAAACUUAAAAUUUGUUUGAAGAU